GGGAACAUGAAGUCGCCACUCUGGGUGUUUACUGUGUAUCUGCUGUGGUUGAAAAAUUGUCACUGCGCACCUACUUGGAAGGACAAAACCACUAUCGGUGGAAACCUGAAGAGUUCUUCUGAGUCUGAGGAGAUAGAGGUAGAUGAAGAGGUGAAGAAGGCUUUGAUUGGUAUUAAGCAGAUGAAAAUCAGGAUGGAAAGAAGAGAGGAAGAACAUACCAACCUAAUGGAAACUCUGAAGAAAUGCAGAGCAGAAAAGCAGGAAGCCCUGAAACUUAUGAAUGAAGUUCAAGAACAUCUGGAAGAGGAAGAGAGGCUAUGCCAGGUGUCUUUGACAGAUUCGUGGGAUGAAUGCAGGUCUUGCCUGGAAAGUAACUGCAUGAGAUAUUAUACAACCUGCCAACCUAGUUGGUCCUCCGUAAAAAACACGAUUGAGCAGUUUUUCAUGGCAAUAUAUCAGUUUUUGUUUCCUCUCCAUGAAGAUAAUGAAAGAGAUCUCCCCAUCAGUGAAAAGCUCAUUGAGGAAGACGCACACGUGGCCCAGAUAGAGGAUGUGUUCAGUCGGUUGACUGUGGACGUGGCAUCUCUAUUUAACAGGAGUUGGAACGUCUUCAAACAGAUGCAGCAAGAAUUUGACCAGGCUUUUCAAUCAUAUUUCAUGUCAGAUACAGACUUAGUUGAGCCUCACUUUUUUCCAGCUUUAUCCAAAGAGCCAAUGAAGAAAGCAGAUCUUCUGCCAAGUUGGGACAUUCCCAACUUCUUUCAGCUGUUUUGUAAUUUCAGUCUCUCUGUUUAUGAAACUGUCAGUAAAACAAUUCCUGGGAUGCUGAGUGCGAUAGAGGAUUUACCAAAACAAAACGAAGAUGCCCACCUAGGAGGCGUGAUGUCAAAGAUAUUACUUGUGCCCAACAGAGGGCUGUGUGGACAACUGAGCCGGAAUUUGACCAGAUGUUUUAAAUUUCAUGAAAGAUGCCAAAAAUGUCAGGAUUACCUGUGGAGAGACUGUCCUGGUGUACCUGAACUGCACACAGAACUGGAUGAGGCCUUCAAGUUGGUCAACACAUCCAAUCAGCAAUAUGCCCAGAUUCUCCAGAUGACCCAGGAUCACUUGGAAGAUACCACAUAUCUGAUGGAGGAGAUGAGAAAGCAAUUUGGCUGGGUGUCUGAACUGGAAAACCAGACUUUAGGAACUGAGAACACCUUCAGUCCAGUAAAGGUAGUUCCAAGUGUUGAUGAAGAAAAAUUUUCCAAACAAGAUGAAACAAUGAUAGAUUUAAGCAUCUUGCCUUCCCCUAAUUUCACACCCAAGAUUCCUCUGGAAGAAAGUGCUGGGAGUUCUAACUUUAUUGGCUAUGUGGUGGCAAAAGCUCUACAGCAUUUUAAGGAACACUUUAAACCUUGGUAA